GUUUUUUGUAUUAAUUUAACACGCUGUGGCGCCUUCAUGAUUUAAUAUGUAUAUCUUAAAUCGUGGGCUCCGUCCAGUAUAAUAUUAUGAUCUUAUGGAGUCUUAAUAUAUAAAAUGUAUUCGUGAUUGUAUUAUCUAUGAAUUUUCCCAACAGCCAGUGGCCAGUGAUAAUGUGAUAUAUUGAUAUGAAGAUAGCAUAAAAGUUAUGUCAACAUUGUCAUUUGUCAACAGAAACAGUAUAUUUUAAUAUUUAACAAAAAGAAAAUAUAGAAAAUAGUAUACAUAAUAGGUACAUCGAUCAAAUUCUCACAUCAAUUGCAGGAUUUAAAAGGCUGAUGAACCAUGUUACCUCCACACAAUGGUGAAAUAAUGCAUCUUAAUGUUGGUGGUACUAGGUUCUCAACAUCACGGCAAACAUUAACAUGGGUGCCAGAUUCUUUUUUUACUGCUCUACUAAGUGGCCGUAUUUCUAGUCUACGGGAUGAUACAGGUGCUAUAUUCAUAGACCGUGAUCCAAAAGUUUUUGCCAUCAUUUUGAACUAUCUACGAACACACGACAUAGAUUUGUCUGGCACUGAUAUUAGAACAUUACGUCAUGAAGCGGAAUUUUAUGGUAUUAUGCCUCUAGUCAAACGCCUUAUUCUGUGUGAAGAUCUAGAGCAAUCGUCAUGUGGGGACAUUCUGUUUUAUAGCAUGUUACCAGCUCCAAACCCUCCUAUGCAAGAAUCUGAAAUAAUUAGUAAUGCAACUAAAGUAGAUGAUCAAACAAGACCUGGUUCAAUAGUCCGUGUCCCUGAACCAGCACCACCACCAAAUUCACCAUCAUCAAUACCUCAUACUCAUGGUUAUCAAAGUCGUUGUCAUUCUCGUAACUCAUCUUUGGACAUUUCUCGAGUUACUGUAAAUGGUCGUGGGUCAGUCAUUAAUGGCCGUGGCAACGGUAAUAGUGGACACUCUCGAGCAGCUUCACUUGGUAACCAUGUACCCAAUCACCAUUCCAGAAACUCAUCAGCUGAUCUCAACAAGUAUAUUAGAAACGAUGCAUUAAACUUGGUUUUUGGCUAUAAUCAAGGUUCUAACUGGGCUGAUCCAUUGCGUGUCCAAAUCAUCAAAGCUCACCAUAAUUGGAUUGUAGUUGCUUACGCUCAUUUUAUUGUUUGCUACAGAUUAAAAGAUUCAAGUGGUUGGCAACAAGUUUUCACAUCGCCGCAUAUAGACAACUGUAUUGAACGAAUAGCAAUUAAUGCUAAAAUGAAUAGCCAAAAUGGUAAUUCUGAUGGUUCCUCUGUUAUGGUUGCUAUAUCAUAUGGAAAUCAAGUUAGGCUUUGGGGAGUAUCAGAACAGGGAUCUAGAACCAAUAUAGGUACAUUCAAUUUGAAUGUUCGUGUAGAGCAUUUAUUUUUUAUUGGUAGCCAACUUGUUGCUUUAUCACCCACUGGUAAAAUAGGGGUUUGGCAUGCAAUGACUCAACAUUGGCAAACUCAAGAUGUAGUACCAAUCGCAUCAUUUGAUACGGCUGGUUCAUUUCUGCUUCUUGGUUGUAAUAAUGGAUCAAUAUAUUAUAUUGAUAUGCAAAAAUUUCCAUUGCGGAUGAAAGACAAUGAUUUACUAGUAACUGAGCUCUAUAGAGAUCCAUCAAAUGAUCCAAUCACUGCUAUUUCUGUUUACUUGACUCCUAAAACAAGUGUCAGCGGAAAUUGGAUUGAAAUAGCAUAUGGUACAAGUUCAGGUACAGUGCGUGUGAUUGUCCAACAUCCAGAGACUGUAGGACACGGCCCUCAACUGUUUCAGACAUUCACUGUACACCAAAGUUCUGUUACCAAAGUUACGCUGUCAGAGAAAUUUCUUGUGUCCGUUUGUAGUGAAUACAAUCAUGUGAGGACAUGGAGUGUAACUAGAUUUAGAGGAAUGAUUUCUACACAACCAGGUUCUACUCCAGUUGCUUCGUUUAAAAUACUAUCCCUUGAAGAAGUUGAACCGUGCAUUAGCUACUGUGCUGGAAAUGAUUGUGGACCAUAUGGUGAGCAAGACGACGAACAAGUGUUUGUUCAAAAGGUCAUGCCUGAAACUUCUGAACUAUUUGUUCGUCUUGCAUCAAAUGGUAAAAGAGUUUGCAUAAUUCGAGCUGUGGAUUGUACGAUAAUUACUUGCUUUUGUGUGCACGAAUGUGAAGGCUCUAGUCGCAUGGGAUCAAGGCCUCGCCGGUUUAUAUUGACCGGACACUGUAACGGGGCUAUUCAAAUGUGGGACUUGACCACUGCUUUGGAUUUAGCUAACAAAUGUCUGCAACCUAUUCCAAAUGGAGGUCCAACAGCCGAAGAACUGUUACGUUUGCUUGACCAGUGUGAUCUGAGCAACAGCCACUGUUCAACACCUAGUUUAUCACCAUAUCCAGGAAUGUUGAUCACAAAAGGAAAUACGGCUAGAUUAAAGGCAUCCAAUGUGGCGUUUCUCAAUCAAUCUCAACAAACAGAUGCAUCCACUUCAACAUCAUCCUUGUAAAAUUAUCUUAGGUAUAUGCAUUGAAGUACAAAGUUACAAUCAUAAAUUCAAAAAUUCAAAUUAAAUAUUUAGGAGCAUAUUAAAUUAAUAACUUUACUCAUGCAAGGUCAAAUGCAGAUUAUUUUUCUUUAAUUGAAUAUUUAUUAAAGUAUUAUGGAAUUCAUAAUAGGUAUGUAAUAAUUUACAGUGUUUCAUUACAUUUAACUAUUUGUCUCAAAUAAGAACGAAAUAUAUAUGUUUUAAACACUUCAUAUGGAUAAUAUUAUAUAGGCUCAAACUUGAUUACAUGUUAGUUGUAUUUCCUUUUUGAAAUGAUGACUAUCAAUUAAUGAUUAUUGUCUUAGAAAUUUUGUGUAACAAGAUAAUAGAUGCAACAUAAAAUAUUUAUUUACUUAUAAUAAAAAUGGGACCAAUUUACCUUUUCAGUAAUAAAUAACAAUUGAUACGAUUCAAAUUCUAAAUUCACUUUAUAUUUUGUAAUUAAUGAAAACUAGUUAUUUUCUCUACAUAUAAAUAUUUUGAUCAUUUUAUACUUAUUAAUAUUAUUGUAUAGUUUAAUUACAUUAUUAUAAUAUCAUAUAAUUUUAUUCAUAUAUGCUUGUCGCGGCCUAUUAUUGCACCGUUGUAGCAUUUACAAAUUCAAAAUACAACUAUAAUAUUCACUUACAACACAAACACUUAACAAUAUCAAUAUAUAUGAGUAGGUUUGUUAAAAGUGUUAUUUGUGACACACUGAAUUUCUCCAAGUGGAAUUAGCAGCAAAAAUAAGUUAAUUAUAUGAAUAUCCCAGUAUUUACGGAAAAUUAAAAGUAUUUACAAAAGUAAAAAAGUAAUAUAAUAUCUGUAUUAUAAUUUUGUGUCUUGAGUCAUGAUGUGAGUAAAGAUAGAAGUGUAUUCUAAUUAAAUGGGCAAUUAAAACAAGCUAUUUUUUAUCAUCUUUUUUUCAAAUCCAUCAUUAUUAAUUAUUUUCAAUGUGAUAUUAACAGAUUAUGUGAUACUAAUCAUGACUAUAUUAUAAUAUUGUUCUAUGAUUAUAUGAAUCUCACCAACCCAGUAACCACCUAUUGUGAAUAUUAUUAUGCUAAUGUUUAAAAUUAAAAUGUAUAUAUUAUAAAAUAAUGGUACUCGUUUAGUUGAAUUCCAUACUAAAGUCUAAAAGUUGUAUUUUAAUUAAUUGUAUUACAGUACCUACCAAUGUAAGUUUCUUUAGUUUUUUAUUAUUUACAAUAAAAUAUUUUAUAUUAUUAAAAAUGCUUAAUUUCUCAAUUAACAUUUUUUUUUUAUAAGUUUAAAUUAAAUUAAUGAUGAUAUUCCAAAUUUGCCUAUAAGUACAGUAAUACUAUAGAGCCCAUAAAUGAACACUGAAUACUAUCCAUUCAAAUAUAAAUUAGGUAUCUUUUUUUACUUUUUGAAUUUUUACCCAAGAACUAUUAACUGUUUCAAGUAUUGCUCAUAUAUAAUCUAUGUGAUCAUAAAAUCCUUCAUAUUUAUAGGCUUGUUUAGUCAUAAGCGUGUUUGUCUGCAGUAUUUGCACAUUGUACUAAUAAUGAAAACAAUUAAUUAUUGAUCAUUUUUGCAAACAUUUUUAUAACUAACUCGUUUAUAAAGUUUAUUAAAUUGUUUAUAAUUAAUGCAUUUUAACUUAUUCACACAGGAAAGUAAUGAUUUUUAGUAUAACUUAUUUAAAAAUUGUCUUGCCACAGUCAUAUCUGAACAGUAAAACGAAAAUAUUUAUUGUAUAUAAUAUACCUAUUAUUAUAUACCAAAUAGUUGGGUUAGUAAUUAUUACCAUUAUUUAGAUAUAAUUAAUUAAAGUUUUUAGUUUUUUGUAUCGAUUCAAUUAUUUGUUAUACCACACUUAUCAAUAUACAUUACAUAUUCAUGUGGCCUCACAAAUUGUUAUUAAAAUUAUUAAAUUAUAUCUUUAUUGAACAUUUUGUAAAAAUAUAAUAAUGAAUAUUUUUAUACUAUUUAUAUAUUUAUUUAUCAUAUUGUGUUACAUUAUAUAUUAUUUUAUAAGACCUAUGUCAUGUAUAAAUAUUAAUAAAUAC